CUAGGGGGGGAUCGAUCAGGCGGCGAGUCUACCUGCCCGUAUCGGGCCGUGCGUCGUGCUCAGUCCGUCUUCGUUGCUUGGCCAGAACAGAGCGUCGUCAGAGUCGUUAUCGCAGUCGUUGUUAUUUAUUGCUUUCGUUAUCGAUUGCGAUCUCAAGAGUGUUGUUUAGGCGCGUUCGCAACGCAUUAAAAAAUAUAAAAAAACUGCCAAAAACUCAAAUGCGGAAAUCACACUUCAAGUCUAUGCUAACGCCGCCCCAAAAGUGAAUUAAAUUCGAAACCAAAAGUGAAGGAAAAGGGUUCAUUGAACGGCAGACAAAUACUUGCCGUAGUUAUUAGUUUUAACAUAUUUUGGCCAUGGUUCUGCCAGCCACCUCGACACUGUGCAAUGUGUUCACAUUUCUGCUUGCAGGUUCGCCCAUUUUCUAUAGCGCUGCCCCGCGGGGCUCCUGCGCCAACUGCUGUGGGAUCAGAGAGCGCGAGGACAUCAAAUUUAUGCUGUACACGAGGCGGAAUCGCAACACGGCACAGCUGCUCCACCUGAACGACGAUGGCCGGCUGGCGCAGAGCAAUUUCAAUUUCAAUUACCCGCUGGUUGUCUACCUGCACGGAUUCUCGGAGUCGGCCACCGGAGAGCGACAGAGCAGCCAGGAGUUGAAGGAUGCCUUCCUGCGGCGUGGCAACCAUAAUGUAAUUCUCAUCGACUGGAGCGCGAUGACAGCGGUGCCCUGGUACUCGAAUUCCGUCGAAAAUCUGCCUAUCACGGCCCGCUACAUUGCGCGCUUCCUGCGUUACCUCGUGGGGCGUGGCUAUGCAGCGAAACACAUCCACCUGAUUGGCUUUAGUCUGGGCGCCGAGGUGGCUGGAUUCGCGGGCAAGCAGCUGCAGGAGUGGGGCAUCAAGCUGACCAGGAUAACGGCCCUCGAUCCGGCGCUGCCCCUGUUCGAGGGCAACAGCUCCAACCGCCGCCUCAGUCCGAGCGACGCGCGGUUCGUGGAUGUCAUACACACGGACGGCGGGAUCCUGGGCAAUCCCACGGCCAUGGGGCAUGCGGACUUCUAUCCAAACGGAGGAAGGCCACUGCAGCCUGGCUGUGCCCGUCAGGAGAUUGCCAAUAAUCGCUGGCUGGGCAUAAUAAUCGGCUGCAGUCACCAGCGUGCCUGGGAGUACUUUGUGGAGAGUGUGGCCCAGCCGCGGGGCUUUCCCGCCAAGCGAUGUGAGCCCUCGCCGACAUUUGGCGUCUGCCGGGAUGGAGGCAAAGGUGCGGCCUUCAUGGGCAUGGGCGCAGAUCCCAGGCUUCGGGGCAAAUUCUAUCUGGAAACGAACGGUGCCAGGCCUUUUGGGAGGAAUAGUCGGACCCAGGCAAUUGUCUCGCUGGCGCCGCAGCUGCCCAUCGCCUACAAAUUGCCCACAAUUGCGACCAGGCCAACAGUCCAGAGCCAGAGCAGGAGCCAGACACUUGUCAAUCAGUAUGGAGCACCAGAACAAGACUCAAGGCAGGAGGAGCAGGACGAGGAGGAGGAGGAUGAGAACAACAGCAUUGACAGCUCCUCUCUGACGUGACGAAAUGUGGAAAAGCGCCCGAACAGACGGCGAGGAUUCAAUGGGACGGACAGCUCCUAUUCGCUCGGUAGAGAUUUGCUGUAGCUGCGUGAUUGUGUUCCCAGUUUUUGCACUUGUACUCGUUUUUGUAGUUGGCCCGGCAGUUGCCCAGCAGGCAACGUUUUCUUGUGAUCGUUCUCUUAAGUAUUGCUAGCACGUAGUCAGGACAUUUGUUAACAGCUUAAAAUAUAUCCCUUUAAACAUAAA